AUGAUUUCCAACGUAAUUGUAAUUAAUAAAAAUUCAACAACAUGCGAGUAUAAAGAUCAACACGAUCAAAAAGAACGUGCCAAAUUAUGGGGAGUUGCAUCCACUGCAUAUAGACAAAUUUUGAAACCAGUUGCUUUCACCACUCAAUAUUGUUUGGAUGCUCUGGAUCUCACAAUUGGUAAGGACGUUCAGCAACCACUCAAACUUUUGGAUGUUGCCUGCGGAUAUGGUGCCCUCACAAUUCCUGCUGCCCAAAGAAUUGCACCAGCUGGUGGCUCGAUUAUGGGCAUCGAUAUCUCUCCAGGAAUGUUGGAGCAACUAAAGAUUGAAUCCCAAGGUUUUAACAAUAUCAGUUCUGCUUGUAUGAAUGGUGAGGAUCUACAACUGGAGGACAACCAAUUUGACUAUGUAUACUCGGCAUUCGGUUUGAUCCUAUUCAGCGAUCGUGACAAGGGUCUUAAGGAGUUACAUAGAGUUGUCAAAAAGGGUGGAAAAGCAACUAUUACAUCUUGGCCAUAUGACUGUGAAUUCUUUACUUGGAUGCAGAGAUCAUAUCGUCGUAUCUCUGAAGAUGAGAUGCCAGAUGAAGCUAUCAAGAGAAUUACAUUGGGUGAUGGUGAAUUUUUAAGAGAAUCCUUUGAGAAAGCCGGUUUCCAUUCAUUCAAAGUACAUACCUUCAUUAAAGUAAUGCCAUUGCCAAUAGAUAAUAUGAUGGAGUUCUUCAAGGAACAUCCACUCAUCAAAAUGUUCCAAUCAUACUUACCAGUAGAGAAGAAAGAUCUAUUCCACUUUGCAAUUAGAGACGAACUUCAAUCAAUGUUCCCAAAUGGUAAAAUGAAUUUACACGUAAGAUGCGCUGUCGCCAUUGGCACCAAAUAA